AUGGCACAUAUUAAGAAAAAAUUCACAUUCGAUCAUCCAGAGGAUAGUUACUGGAAUGAAAGUGCAUCAAAUUCGUCGUCCUUGUUUGACGACCUGCCAUCUAAACAGUGGGCAGCACGAGCGGCCGUCGAUAGUCUUUUCGACCAGAGAGAAGUUCUAUCUGCCAAGGUUGAAACGUCACCUUUGCAUGAAGGUGGUCCAUCAGCCGCUUCUGUAGUCUCGGAAUGCAGUGUGAGCAGUUUGCCAAGCGAUGCGAAUCGACUCGAUCUCGACUAUUCGCGACUGAAAGCGGAACACCGAAAACUACAGCGUUAUUUAGAGAUUAUAAUCACUGAUAGUCCACCACCAGCUAUUUUCUUGUGUGCUCAGGCUGUACGGUAUGACCGCUAUCGUGCUCCUGACAUCAAAGAAGCGGUACGACGGCUACUCAAGGGAGAUCCAGUCUCGCUGGAAUGGUAUCGAUCUAAAGAGGAGAAGCUGCAGUUAUUGGAUGCUGCAAUAGACAUAAUUGACGGGAACGUCAUUUUAACGGUUGUUUUGUUUCUCAAAAACACUUUGAUGGACUCACUAUUCCGGGAUAUCCUUUUGAGAAGACCUCAGGCAGCGGAUGAAUAUAUAUCUUAUUUAAAACUUAAUCGUGACUACGAUGAAUUAACGACAACGUUGUUUGCGCUAGGUAGAAAUGCCGAUGCUGCUAUGGUGGAAUUCUCAGCUGCAGUUCGUCAUCAAGUCCAUGAGCAGAAGAUUCAAGCUCUGAGAAAGUGUGUCCGAAGCGGCUUCAGCGACCCAUUUCUUGCACCCGAGGCAGCAGUUGUCAACGACUAUGUUAGUCUUUUAGAGCGACAGAUCCCAAUCAAUGUUGCGGAUGAUCAGAACAAAAGUGCUACAUUCAGUGCUUUUCCGAAGAAUGCAAGUCUUGUUGGAAGAUCCGUUAUUUCUACAUAUUAUUAUUGUUGCCUGUACCACUACGACGAUCCAGCACAUUCACUCGCAAAUCCUAAUAAUGUACGUGAUGCUUUUCGGUUGACGGACAAAGAAACUGUUUGGACUUGUGUGAGCGCUCUAGCUAGGCAAAGCAGAUGGCCCGAUGUCGAACGUGCAUUACAACCAAAGACUUUUCUAGGUUCACUUCAUAGUCGAGCAGUGCUCAAUUCACCAAAGUUGUUGUGCCCGUUCAGUUGGCAAAACUUGUUCCACAUAUUAUAUCUCAACUCUACUGCGCCACCGAAGGAUUUGUUAUGUCGAAUUCUACGCGCUGUUAGUGAUUCUGAUCAGCGCCUCAAACUGGCUGAGAAGUACGACGUAUGUGAAAUUGUCAUUGAAUGUCUCGUUGCGCAAAAAGAUCGCUUGCGAUUGUCAAAGUUCGCUAGUAAACUCGCGCUGAAUACGCCUGAUGCCUAUAAAGCCCUAGCUGCGUUAAACAAUGCGGUGCAUUGGGUAGAGGUGAAUUUGCUACCUUACAUUCCUACGUAA